AUGUCAUUAUUACCUACAGCAGCACCUACAACUAAUAAGGACAAUAAAUUUAUGACAGACAUUAAAAAGUUUAUGAAUCAAAAAAUUAGGGUGAAGUUUGAUGGAGGGCGUGAAGUUGUUGGAACAUUGAUUGGUCAUGACGCAAUCUUCAACCUAGUUCUAGAUAAAACGGAAGAAUAUAUAAGAGACCCAAAUGAUAGUUUUGUUGUAACUGAUAAAACGAGGAGUAUUGGUUUAAUUGUUGCCAGGGGAACUUCGGUUUCUUUAAUUACACCCGUAGAAGGAACACAAGAAAUAUCCAACCCAUUCAUAACAGAAGAAAAAUAA